AUGAAGACCAGCAAAUACGCGCCGAAAACUCCAUUGGAGCAGCUCACACAGUCGAGAGUUGAUAAGCUCAAGCAAGACAAGGAUAAGACCACGCGACUGCUUGGCCGCUUGCGAUGGAAAGCCGAAUUGCUCAUGGUUUCGUAUUUCAAAGCUAUGGAAUUGCUGCAGGCCGGCGAUCAGCGAAACGGGCACUACGAAUCGCAGAAAGCUCUGGCGAGACAAGCAGAGUCGAUGUUCAAGAUUGACUUUUUCGAGUUCUACGCUUUCCUAGAGCGCUACAUCACCUUCUGCCUCACUACUCUAGGCGUCAGUGUAUCUGCAGCCGCGCCACGGAACAACAUCAACGCUCUACGGUACAUUACAAAUCCAGAUCUGCAUCGCACAAGACCGCUAGCUUCGCACGCUUUCCAUGCCAAUCUCUUGGAGGCGCUCGAUGACGAGACCUGUCCUCUACACGGCUCGCUUGGCGUCCAAGAUGUCCGAAUACAGCUAGGUCUAGCGAAAGACUACCGCAAUGCCUGGAAAGACGCCGAUGAGAAGGAAGUCACCAGUAAUUGGGACAGCCAGGAUGGAGCUUCGCCCAGAAACGUAAAGCUGCCAGAGCUCGCACUCGAUGCAAUGCUAAGAACAGUCAUUGUUGGCUGUGGCCACGCUCACGAUGUUGUGCAGGCAUUCGAAGGAGCUGACGUGAUUGGCAGUGGCCUCUCUAGUCAUGACUUUGAACCUCCAACGUACAUCCACGAUACCAUGGAUAUGGGAGAUGUCCCGCUUGAGUACAUGGACGAUGCUAUGGAGCUUGACUGA